AUGAUAUAAUUAAACUGAACAAGAAAGAAGAGAGAAAACAGUAUUCCCCCAAAAUGAAAAGAAGGCUUCAGCAGAAUCGAACUCGACAGUUCAGGACACCAGGCUCCAAGUGGGGAAUCCAACAGCAGAAAGGUUAUGGUAAAAAUCGUUUGGGACGCAGAAAGAAGAUAGCAGGGAAGAAGCGUUCUUACGGAGUUAUAACUGGCUUGGCAGCCAAGAAAGCAAUGGGUUCACGCAAAGGAAUUAGUCCUCUAAACAGACAGCCGCUUAGCGAGAAGAAUGCACAGCGGAAUUAUCCAGUUUUGAAAAAGAAAACAAACCUGCAGAGACAAUCUGAAAUGCAGGGAAAACAAGCUCCAGCCCUCAGGAGGCCUGCCCCGCUAAAUAGAAGGAAUAACAUGCCAUCCACUUUUGCCAGAAUUGGAAACAAACUAAAUCAGCAGAAAGACACUCGUCAAGCAACCUUCCUGUUUAGAAGGGGCCUGAAGGUGCAGGCCCAAGUGCAGUCAACCGAUGAUCUUGAUAAUCAGACAAUAAAGAGAACUCGUCAAUGGCGAACUUCUACCACGAGUGGAGGGAUUCUGACUGUAUCCAUUGACAACCCAGGAGCAAUCAUAAGCCCAAUUUCCCAGAAAUUACGAUUAACUUGUACUCCGGUGCCACCAUUUCUGAUGAAGAGGGACCAAUCUGAAGAGAAGAAGAUUCCCAAAGGGGUUCCGUUGCAGUUUGAUAUUAAUAGCGUGGGAAAACAGACAGGGAUGACGUUGAACGAGCGAUUUGGGAUCCUGAAGGAACAAAGAACAGCGCUGUCUCAGAACAAAGGAAGCCGUUUUGUAACAGUGGGCUAACCUGACAGAUGGACUUGAGCACUGAUCCCGCCUACCUAAGAAACUGAGAUAAAUGUGGGCAGAAGAAUACAACAUACGUCACUGAAAUUCUCCAGACUUCUUGCUAAGAUGGUGGCAGAGCUAUCUAUCUUUAUUACUUUUACUUUGAAUGGUAAAAGACAUGAUGCCCUGAGGGGGGGAAAGUGGGGAAGCUGAUCUGCUGGAGUGGCACCAUCACCUGGUUGGAAAAGAUUCUGUUGCCCAGCUGAUGACAAACACUGAUUUUGGUUCAUCUUGCAACCAAAACACAAACACAAAUUUUAAAAGUUGUUUUUUUUUGUCUAGGAGUGCUCAGUAUCUGUUCUUUGACCCCUCUGUUAUGGUAAAGACUGCGUAAGUGUUUCAUAACAAACCCCAUUUUAGGGUUUUUUAGGGACUGCCUAUGAACUUUCCUUUGGACUGCAGUUUGGCACAGAGCCUCAGUCCAUGAGUACUUUGGUAGUGAUGUAGCGGCAUUUUUCAUGGGAGCAUUGGUUGUACUUCUUUGUGCUUUUGAAGUUCAAUUUUUUUCCUUUCUUGAAAACUAAAUGUUUUG